AUGGUGCACUCUAGCCCCAUCAUUUGCAACGACUCAAAGGGAGUCAAGCCGAAGAAAGGACCAAGGACUCCACCCGGCACGCCCCCAUCGUCAUCAUCUUCUGAAAAGCCUUCUUCCCUCAAGAAGAGGAGAACUAGGAAAUCACCAAUGCCAUCUUCAUCACCGAAAUCUUCUGAGGAGAAACAACAAAGUGCAUUGGGAUAUAAGCCAUCACGCUGGGAUAUAAGCCCAGCUUUAAGCGUGCGAUCAUCCGAAUCGCCAGGCAAGACUCCGAUGUUUGGCGAUGUUUCUACAAUUUCUUCCCUCUGUGUGUCGCCAGUUACAGAACAGUACGAAAUGGUUUCAAGUAGUUCUUUGGGAUCGCCGUCUCCUCCUCCAUGGCGUGGUGGGCGUAGAUCGCGUUCUCGUAGCCCACAUCUCGUUCUCGAAGUCCACGACGCAAAUAUCGUUCUCGCUCUACUAGUCCGCUUAUGGUCUACCUUCCUAGCUCGCGACACGGGACAUCUCCAGUUGAUCAUUCAAGGAACUAUAGGAGCUACAGGACUUCUGCUCAACGAACGCCUUCUGCUCACACACACAUCGAGGCGAGAUCAGCUCCCUUAUGUUCAAUAUGUUGAAAAGAAGAGUCAAUGGAAUACUUUUGGAAAAGUCGAGAACAGACAACAUUCUGUAUCGCCUUUGUGCCAACGACGCCAGGGCUCACCAAACAGACAAAUCGGCUUAUUCAAUUUGCCGUAUAAUGUCAGUGAGAACGAUUUACGAGAGAUUUAUCGACGUCAUGGGCCAAUUGAAGAUAUUCCAACAAAGGGAAUGAAAAUUGACGAUCGGAUGAUUAAGGCCGACUAUGCCUUGGGAGAGAAUGUUGGCCACACAUCGAACUCGAAGUAUUUAUUGCAGGAUCGUCGUGUUCAUCACAUCAAUGAUCGCGUUUCUUACACAGAUGGAGUAUCAAUGCCUCAAAUAUCGGCGUCCGUUCUUCGAAAGAAAGUAAAACUGAAGCGACGCAGCACUCGGAUAAAAACUCCAUCGUUGUCGCCACCGAAACGCGCUUGUUUGACAAAAUUGAUGAGGGAUGCAAGUCUUUCAAUGCCAUCGGAAAAAGAAAGUGGAGAUGCUCCUCGUCGUGCGAGGGCUCACUCAUGGACUACAGUUACUCCGCCAUCAAGUCCGGAUCGUGGAAAAGAUGAUGACGAUUUCAAAACACCAUCUACAAUCUAUUCGUCGGCAGAAUCGCAGUUAGAGCCGCCAACAAGGACACCACCAGAAACACCAAAAAAGAUUAGCUUCAAACUCAAGUGGACUGUGAUCAAAUCGUCAAAAACCGAUUACUCAAGCGACACUUCAACUGAUAGUUCUUCAAGCGAAUCAUCAGUCUCUGGUCCCAGUACUCCAAGGGUGUAUCGCGGCAAGCGGGCUUCUCGAUCCACUUCGUCAUCGGCCAGUUCAGCACCAAAAAGUCAAAGGCGGACAAGCUCGAGUCCAUCUCCUACGCCAAAGAAGAAGGCACACGACCUAAAAAGAAAACGAAGCGAAUCGUCGAGUCAUAGUCGCUCGCCGGAGCGUAAGACGAAUGCUCAUUGCUCUCGACGCGACCAUUCAAGAGUUGAUUCGCCCCAUCGUAAAAAGAAAAAUUAUCAAAGUCGUUCUCCAGAACAUGAUCGUUCGUGUUCGCAGUCGCCACAUCAUAAGAGCCACAAGAAGAAACAGAAGAAACGCGAGCAAAGCCGCUCUCCAUCACGCGAUCGUUCACCAAGGCAUUUUCGACGCUCACGUAGCAGGUCACCUCGCUACCCAGCACGCCCUGUUAUCACACAACACGAUCGCCAACUACGAGAACCAUCAAAUGAGAUUGUUGUUUUCAAUGUUCCAAAAAGUUGUACGGCUAAGGAGCUACACGAAAUUUUCAAAGAAUUUGGGCCAAUUGAAGAGGUCAAUGUGAUUCGUGAUCGUUUUACGGGCCAAUCACGAGGAUUCGCUUUCAUUACUUUCGAGGAACUGGAGUCUGCUAAGCGUACAAUCGAGAAAAUUGUGGAUUCAAUGGAGAUAGACGGGCGUCGUCUUCAAUGCAAUUAUUCUUGGGGCCAAAAUCGUCCUCCAGAUGCGGAACAACAUCAGCAUGGAACUCGUAAGAAAUGG